GCCUGUUGUAAGGGAAAGACAUUGACUUGCUCUUCACUCCAAAGCCCUAGCACUGAUGGAUAUAUCCAAUCUCCACUCUUUGCAGGCCAGUGUGAAAUGGCGUCACAUGUUACGUGGAUCCCUUACAGCAAUUUGAUACCCAACUGAAGACAACAGAGGAAUGCUUUAAAAAUGUGUUCUCCAUGCCUGAUUUAGAAAUACUAAAAGAGAGGCAAUUGAAUGAAACGGAUCAAAAAGAUAUCGAGCAACUGUACAAGACUAUUUUAAGCACCUUUGAGGACACACUUCUGAUCUUGGUUUCAAAAGACCUCUACAAGUUACAGCUCUUAAGGGAAAUGAUCAUAUGGAUGAAUGAGACUAAUUACUUGCAGGAGCGAGUCAUGAACAUCAUAAGCAGAGUCUUAAAGUAUUCAUCCAGAAAAAUAAAGGGAUCUACAAGUGUUGAUGCUCCAUGUAUGGGUCAGCUGGCAGUAGAACUGGCCAUUUUAUGCAAUCAUGAAGAUUUCCAAAUUGUUGUCCACUCUUCUUUGGCAGUAUAUUAUCUCCUCUGCAUUGUAAAAUACCAGAAUGAGGAUUUGUGUGGCUACAUAAUGAUGGAGCUGCAACCACUAGAAGGCUGCCUAUGCACUAACCCUUUCGAAAUCGACUUUGUGCCUAGUAUCUUUCAAAGAAACAAUGCUGCUCUUGCUAAGUAUAUAGGUGAAUACUUGUCACCAAAUCUGCUCAAUGACUUUGUUUAUGGACUUCUGAAGAAACUUUGCAAUCUACCAUUGAAGCAUGCGACUGUAGCAGCAACCUUAUUGAGUCUGGUUCUAGAAGACAAUGGCUCUAAAGUGACCAGGGCAGCUAAGAUUGUGGAUUAUAUUCAUAAGGAAUUGAGUAUUGGGUCACCUAACAAUCUAAAGCAAUCACUGCUGAAGAUAGUCACUCUGUUGACUCGUUCCUGCCCCCAGAAAGUUGUCUUUCAACUUCUAGACUAUAUGUUUCCAGUAGACAGGUCAGUGCUGGAGAUGUGGCAAGCAGUCAGUUCAGAAAAAACCUCCUCAACUCUUGUGAUGAAGACAAUCCUUACCGUGUUAAAAGGGAAACCUGGAGAAGUGGACGGAAGCAGUCUAACUCGAAAGCGUUUUUCCCUUGAUGCUGCCAACAUGAUGCCUGUGACAGCAGCCCAGGCUCUCUGCACCUUACUCCCUGUCCCUGAGUACAAGAAGCACAGCCCAGUUUUUCCUGAGCUGUUAAUUGCCCUAAUACUACAACUCCAUUAUAGUAGUGAAAUGAAGAUGAAAAGAAUUAUGGAACAAUCGAAGCUUGAGACUUCUACUGAGAUCUUCAGGAUUGCAACAAGUGGAGUAAUGCCCUUCAGAAAAGGGAUUGCUGGAACCAGUUUCCAAUCUCAUAUUCACCACUAUGGAGUCUACAUCAUCGCCAAAACUCUCAGUGAGCAUAAUUUCCCACAGCUUCCUGAGACCUUACAUUACCUCUAGCUCUCCUUAGAAGGUCCCAGAAGGUCAGAGGACAGUGUCACCACAGUCAUCUUCCUCAUUGAACUUCUGAAUAACUUCUUUAAGGAUCCAUUCCCAGAAGAAUUUUUGGCACUUUUCAGAACCUGGGUAAAUGACCCAAACCCUACAGUUUCCAAGUUGAGUCUCCAAAAGAUUUCUACCAUGGCAACUGUCAUUAACAAGGUGGGUCUAUCUGUUGUGUGUGGAAGUAUCAAACGUCAAAGGCUUAAUUUAUGUAUUGUGGAUUCAUUUCCCUCCAAAGACAAAACCGUUACAAUACAGGCUAUGAUACCCUCCGAAGCUCUCUCUGGGAUAGACAAAGUAACAUACUCCUACCUGUGUGUCCGAAUUGCUUCCAGCUACUACCCCGCUCAUGGACCAAUAACAUCUCAAACUGAUAUCCAGGUAGACAUCUCUAACUCAGCCAUGCCAAGCAUUAGAGCAAUGGCCAUUAGACAUUUUGGUGAAUUACUCAAGGAAAUGAAUCAAUACAGUUGGAUGCUAAAGCCCAUUGUUCUCAAAGCCUUGGUGCCUUUGAUCCUGUUCUUGGAAGAUACAGAGAUCAAAGUAGUUAAAGCAUGUAAAUAUACAUUAAACAUCUGUGCUCCAUAUUUUAAGUGGGUAUCUUUACCUUUGCUUGAAGAUAAAUAUUACAAUUAUGAGAUAAUUGUGCUCAGCAUCUGCAACUGCCUUUUCAACAAUUAUGGAAACUACAUUUCAGAGAUUAUUUAUACAACUGUAGGAUUUUUAAAGAGCUCUAGAGCUUAUCUAAGGAAAGCAGCAAUCAUUUUAAUAGGAUACCUGGCAAAAACUGGGAGUAAUUUACUUCUCAAGGAUGAAAUUGAAGUCAUGCUGAAGGCUAUGGAAAAAGUACUCCAUGAUCAAGAUCCUACCAUCCAGCGGAUGGCCGAUUUUACCUACACAUUAUUUAAGGAAGUAGCCUGUGAAGUGAAAGAGUCCAGCCUUAAACAACAUUUCCGAAGGUUAUGCAGUUUCUUCCAAUUCAAAGACAUUUUGCUUCUUUAUAAUUAUAGAGGUAGAGAAGCUAUUGACUCUUUUUAUGAGCUUGAUGAAUACACACUACAAUAUAGGAAAACAGAAGCUAGAGAAAACAGUGAAAACCGACUAGAACAAUUCUAUGACAAUAGUUGA